AUGGCUAAGAAAGUACCCGACAAUCCCUAUCUGGCCGCACGCUAUGAAUGGAACGAGCGCUAUGGCUCUUAUGUGCGUGCAGCAACCGCUUGGCGUACGAUCGGCAUUGUCUCAAUGACCAUGGCAGUGAUCGGCUUCGGCUACGCGCUGUACCAGUCCACUCAGGUCAAGCUCGUGCCUUACAUUGUCGAGGUCGAUCAGCUCGGCAAUUCGGUGGCGGGCGGGUUCCCCGCACAGAUCGAAUAUGCCGAUGAGCGCGUGGUGCGCGCGAUGCUUGGCCAGUGGGUAACGAACUUCCGCUCUAUCACACCCGAUACGGUCGUGCAGACCGGGUACAUCAACCGCACCUAUGCCUUCCUACGGCGGCAAGAUCCUUCGACCGAAAAGGUCAAUGCGUGGUUCCGCAACCAAUCGCCGUUCGACGCUGCGCGCGAAAAGACCGUUUCCGUCGAAAUCAACAACGUGGUGGCCCUGUCCAACCAGUCCUAUCAGAUCGAUUGGACCGAGAUCGAGCGCGAUAGGCAGGGCAGGGAAUUGCAGACCCGACGCUGGCGCGGAGUUGCCACCGUUACACUAUCGCCGCCUCAAGACGAGGCUAUCAUUCGUCUCAAUCCGAUCGGUCUUUACCUGGCCGAUUUCGAUUGGACCGCUCAGCUUUAA